CCCUGGGGGCGGGGUGCGUCGCGGACGCCACGGCGCCCUCUGUCGCCCCGAGGCUAUCAGGUGGACCCAGCUGAGAAGAAGUCUGUGUCGCUGUGUGGUGAGCUCUCCAGGCCAGGUGCCGCGCGGCCUCCACCUCUGCGGUCCUUUGCUGUGUCUACUGCGAGAAUGAAGACCAUUCUCAUUAAUCAGACUGUCGACAUUCCAGAAAAUGUCAACAUUACUCUGAAGGGACACACAGUUAUCGUGAAUGGCCCCAGAGGAACCCUGCGGAGGGACUUCAAUCACAUCAAUGUAGAACUCAGUCUUCUUGGAAAGAAAAAAAAGAGGCUCUUGGUUGACAAAUGGUGGGGUAACAGAAAAGAACUGGCUACCAUUCGGACUAUUUGUAGUCAUGUACAGAACAUGAUCAAGGGUGUUACACUGAGCUUCCGUUACAAGAUAAGGUCUGUGUAUGCUUACUUCCCCAUCAUCGUCGUUAUCCCGGAGAAUGGGUCUGUUGUUGAAAUCCAAAAUUUCUUGGGUGAAAAAUACAUCCACAGGGUGCGGAUGAGACCAGGUGUUGCUUGUUCAGUAUCUCAAGCCCAGAAAGAUGAAUUAAUCUUUGAAGGAAAUGACACCGAGCUUGUUUCAAAUUCAGCGGCUUUGAUUCAGCAAGCCACAACAGUUUAAAACAACGAUAUCAGGAAAUUUUUGAAUGGUAUCUAUGUCUCUGAAAAAGGAACUGUUCAGCAGGCUGAUGAAUAAGAUCUAAGAGUUAUCCAGCUACAGAAAGAAGAUGCCAGAUGACUCCUAAGACCUACUUGUGAUAUUUAAAUGAUGUAAUAAAAGACCUGUUGAUUUGGAGAAAAGUAAAUAGCUAAAUAAAUUCCAGGUGCAUCAAAGAUGCAAUCAAGGCCAGGCACAGUGGCUCAUGCCUGUGAUUCCAGCAUUUUGGGAGGCAGAGGCGGGACAAUUGCUUAACGCCAGGAGUUUGAGACCAGCCUGAGCAAUAUGGGAAGACUCCAUCUCGACAAAAAAAAAACUUUGACUGGGCACGACGGCUCAUGCCUGUAACCUAAGACUUUGGGGGACCAAGACGAGAGAAUUGCCUGAGGCCAGGAGUUUAAGACCAGCCUAGUCAACAUAGUGAGAUCCCCCAUUUCUUAAGAAAAUAUUUUUAAUAAAAUUAACAAAAGAUAAACUUAGCCAGGCAUGGUGGCACAUCCCUGUAGUCCCAGCUACUUGAGAGGCUGAGGUGGGAAGAUUACUUAGGCCCAGGAGGUCCAGGUUAGAGUGAGUCAUGAUCAAACUACUGCACUCUAGCCUGGACAAUAGAGUGAGACCCUGUCUCAAAAAAAAAAAAUGGAAGAAAAGAAUAAAGAAAGAAAGAUGAAAUCAUACAAGUACUGCUAGAAAAGCUAGAUAAGAUCAUGGGAAAAUUUUUUUUUAUUUUGGAAUGAGAAAAACAUUUGAAGAAAGACACAAACUGUCAAAACCAUAAAGGCAAAGAUUAAUAAAAUUAACCUCACAAAGAUUUAACAUUUCUCCAUGGAGAAAAAACACCUUGUACAGAGAUAUAAGUACACAAAUGAUAAGCUGAGAAAAUAAACAUUUACAAUAUCUGCAAUAUAAUAAAAGUCUAAUUUCUUUAAUAUAAUUAAGAGCAAUCGGCUGGGCGCGGUGGCUCACACCUGUAAUCCCAGCACUUUGGGAGGCCAAGGAAGGCAGAUCACGAGGUCAGGAGAUGGAGACAAGCCUGGCCAACAUGGUGAAACCCCGUCUCUACUAAAAAUACAAAAAUUUGGCCGGGUGCGGUGGCUCACGCCUAUAAUCCCAGCACUUUGGGAAGCCUAGGCGGGCGGAUCACGAGGUCAGGAGUUCAAGACCACCCUGGCCAACACAGUGAAACCCCGUCUCUACUAAAAAUACAAAAAUUAGCCGGACAUGGUUUCAUACACCUGUAAUCCCAGCUACUCAGGAGGCUGAGGCAGGAGAAUUACUUGAACCUGGGAGGCAGAGGUUGUGGUGAGCUGAGAUCACACCACUGCACUCCAGCCUGGGUGACUGAGUGAGACUUUGUUUAAAAAAAAAAAAAUUAGCUGGGCAUGGUGGUGUGCACCUGUAAUCCCAGCUACUUGGGAGACUGAGGCAAGAGAAUUGCUUGAACCCAGGAGACGGAGGUUGCAGUGAGCCAAGAUCGUGCAAUUGCACUCCUGCCGGGGCAACAGAGCGAGACUCCAUCUCAAAAAAAAAAAAGAAAAAAUUAGUUGGGUGUAAUGACAUGUGCCUGUAGUCCCUGCUACUCGGGAGUCUGAGUCAGGAGAACUAGUUGAGCCCAGGAGGCAGAGGUUGCAGUGAGCCGAGAUUGCGCCACUGCAAUCCAGCACUCCAGCCUGGGUAACAGAGCGAGACUCCAAGUUAAAAAAAAAAAAAAAAGCCAGGCGCAGUGGCUCACGCCUGUAAUCCCAACACUUUGGGAGGCCAAGAUGGGUGGAUCACAAGGUCAGGAGUUCGAGACCAGCCUGGCCAAUAUGGUGAAACCCCAUCUCUACUAAAAAUACAAAAAUUAGUUGGGCGUGGUGGCACGCGCCUGUAGUCCCAGCUGCUCAGGAGGCUGAGGCAGGAGAAUCACUUGAACCCAAGAGGCGGAGGUUGCAGUGAGCCAAGAUGGCGCCACUGCACUCCAGCCUAGGUGACAGAGCAAGAAUGUCUCAAAAAAUAAAAAUAAAAGAAAAAGAGCAAUUACAAAUUAAAAGAAGAUCAUCAUUCAUCCAAUAGAAACAUAAGGAAAGUAUUAAUACAUCAAUAUAGGUAGUUCACAGAUAAAGUCAUACAAAUGGCUUUCAAAUAUUCUACUCACUUAGAGAAAUGCAAAUUAUGAGAGAUCACCUUUCACUUAUCAAUAUUAUUGAACAUGUGGGAGAAAAGGCAUUCUC